AUGGGGCUCGCGCCCGUGACCGCGCGCGCGUGGACGCGCGCGCGAGAGACGGCGGCGCAUCGUGGACGGGGCGGCGGCGGCGGCGGCGGCGUUCGCGCGGCGCGCGCGGGCGCGCGAGCGAGCGCGUCGGCGAACGAGCGAGAGAUUCUGCGAGAGACGACGAAGAAGAUUCGGGAGUGCGCGAAACGGGGGGCGGCGAGCGCGGCGGUGGACCUGUUGGUGUCGCUGAACGGAUUGGGGGCGACGCCGGACGCGCGGGCGACGAGCGCGACGCUCACGGCGUGCGUGAACGGACGCGACGUUGAACUGGCGCGACGGGUGUACGAUGAGAUUUUUGAGAAAGGGGUCGCGGUGCCGGAUGAAGUGGCGGUGGCGGAGAUGGCGAAGGGGUACCUCAGUCUGGAUCCGCCGAGCUGGGGACAGGCGAUGUCCGUCGUGAACGGGGCGAAGGAUAGGCACGGGAUCGAGCUCACGAGCGUGACGUACAACGCGUUGCUGAGCUGCUGCACGGCGACGAAUGAUCUCGCGAGGGCGGAGGAGAUCGUCGAUCGCAUGGUUGACGAGGGCGUCGCGCCGGAUAUGUGGACGGUUUCGGCGGUGCAAAAGCGUCGCUCGAUUCGCGCCUACGUGAAGAAGAUGCUGCUCGUCUAG